GGCCAUUCACUUACAUAAACACGGUAAAGUUAAAUUCAGUACAGGGAAUUUAAGCUUAAUUCAGGAUGCUUAUCUACAGUUUAUAUUCCAUGUUUUCCUGCCCAUAAUGUGGUCUAGGACCAGACAUUGCAUUUAAUUUUGAAGUAGAUGGUGUGGCUAAUUCUUUUGUAGAAUGUUUGUCUAUUUGAGUUCAUUGGAGUUUCCGUCUUAGAUUCAGGUUGUGUGUUAUAGCUGGCAACUACUGUAUAGUCUAUAUCUCAGUGAAAUCCAAAUGAUGUAUUCUUGUGUCUUACAGGGAAGCCUUCUGACCAGCUGGCCCUCUGGCCCUCCUACCAUGAAGGAGGAGGAAAGCAGUGAGGAGGAACCUACAGCAGCCACCACUUGGAAGGAGCAGGAGCCCAUCCCUACAGAUCUGGAUGCAGUGCGAACACCAGAGCCCUUGGAGGAAUUCCCGAAGCGUGAGGACCAGGAAGGCUCCCCGCCGGAAAUGAGCCUGCCCUACAAGUGGGUGGUGGAGGCUACAAAUCUCCUCAUCCCUGCCGUGGGUUCUAGCCUCUCUGAAGCCCUGGAUUUGAUUGAAUCGGACCCCGAUGCUUGGUGUGACUUGAGUAAAUUUGACCUCCCUGAGGAGCCAUCUGCAGAGGACAGUAUCAACAACAACCUGGUGCAGCCGCAAGCGUCACAUCAGCAGCAGGUCCUGCCACUCCGCCCGCCUGCUGCCCCAGUGCCCAGCGUGACCGAGUACCGCCUGGAUGGCCACACCAUCUCGGACCUCAGUCGGAGCAGCCGGGGCGAGCUGAUCCCCAUCUCCCCCAGCACUGAAGUUGGGGGCUCCGGCAUUGGCACGCCGCCCUCAGUGCUCAAGCGGCAGAGGAAGAGGCGUGUGGCUCUGUCCCCUGUCACUGAGAAUGGCACCAGUCUGUCUUUCCUGGAUUCCUGUAACAGCCUCACCCCCAAGAGCACACCUGUUAAGACCCUGCCCUUCUCACCCUCCCAGUUUCUGAACUUCUGGAAUAAACAGGACACAUUGGAGCUGGAGAGCCCCUCACUGACAUCCACCCCAGUGUGUAGCCAGAAGGUGGUGGUCACCACACCACUGCACCGGGACAAGACACCCCUGCACCAGAAACAUGCUGCGUUUGUAACCCCAGAUCAGAAGUACUCCAUGGACAACACUCCCCACACGCCAACCCCUUUCAAGAAUGCCCUGGAGAAGUACGGACCCCUGAAGCCCCUGCCACAGACCCCUCACCUGGAGGAGGACUUGAAGGAGGUGCUGCGCUCUGAGGCUGGCAUCGAGCUCAUCAUCGAGGAUGACAUCAGGCCCGACAAGCAGAAGAGGAAGCCCGGGGUGCGUCGGAGCCCCGUCAAGAAAGUCCGGAAGUCUCUGGCUCUUGACAUUAUGGAUGAGGAUGUGAAGCUGAUGAUGUCCACACUGCCCAAGGCUCUGUCGUUGCCGACAACUGCCCCUUCAAGCUCCUCCAGCCUCACCCUAUCAGGUAUCAAAGAAGACAACAGCCUGCUCAACCAGGGCUUCUUGCAGGCCAAGCCUGAGAAGGCAGCAGUGGCCCAGAAGCCCCGAAGCCAUUUCUCGACACCUGCCCCUAUGUCCAGUGCCUGGAAGACAGUGGCCUGCGGGGGGACCAGGGACCAGCUCUUCAUGCAAGAGAAAGCCCGGCAGCUCCUGGGCCGCCUGAAGCCCAGCCACACAUCUCGGACCCUCAUCUUGUCCUGAGGUGCUGGGGCGGGUCACGAGCCCAUUCUCAUGUUUACAGGGGUUGGGGGUGCAGAGGGGGUCUGUGAAUUUGAGUGUCACUCAGGUGACCUCCUGCAGGGAGCCUUCUGCCACCAGCCCCUCCCCAGACUCUCAGGUGGAGGCAACAAGGCCGUGUGCUGCCCUGUCGCCAAGCCCAGCUCUGGGCAGCUCCUGGUGCUAACAGCAAAGCCCCACACCCAGGCCUGCGUGUUCCCUCCCAAAGGCCACAGGGAGCCCAGUCAGCUUCUCCCAAGCCCAGGUCAGGCCUGGCCUCAUCUCAGACCCUGCUUAGGAUUGGGGGCGUGGCCAGGGGUGCUCCUGUGCUCAACCGCAGUUGGUGCAUUUUUUUGGAAGAAUAAAAUUGCCUUUCUCUUUG